AUGGGGGUUGUUGGGUAUGGGGUGGGGGGGAGGGGUUGUGAUAAGGGGGGGGGAGAGGGUGAUGUUGGGGGGGGUUGUGGGGGUGGAUUUGAUUGUUUUUUUUUGGGUGUUUGUUUUAGUUUGAGGGGUGGUGAUGUGUUGGGUGGGGAGUUAGAGAGAGAGGUUUGGGGAGGGGGUAAGAUUUUAGGUUGUGGUUAUUGGUGUGGUGUGGUGGGUAGGGGGUUGAGGGGGGGUGAGGGGGGGGGGGGGGGGUGGGGGUGUGGGGUGUAUGAUGUUUUUGGUUGGGGGGGUUUGGGAGUGUUUGUUGUGUAUGGUUGGUGUUUGGUUGGUUUAGUUUGUUUGGGGGGGAGUUGUUAG